UUUGAUUUGAUCAACUUUGAAGUCACGCUACCUGCUUGUUGUCUAAUCUCAUUUCUCAAUUGCAUUUUAUCAAUUUGUCACAGUAAUUUCGUGAAUAUUUUAAUGUAUAAUUUUUUGCAGAUUAAUUAUAUUAGUGUUUAUAGACAAGUAAAAAUAAUAAUUGGCAAUAUUGAGUGAUAUAUCUUUUACUGAAUUCAUGAUGUCAUAUUCCGCUAAUUUUGGACUGUCUCUAAGCAUUAGUGCAAUUUUCAUUACUUGUUUCAUAUUAUCUGCUGAUAAUAAUUAUGUUCGAGCUAAUGAAAAUGAUGCAGAAAGUAUUACAAAGAUUGGACAAGGGGUAGGACACAUCAUGAAUAUUUAUUAUUGUUACUCUUGUGGAUAUAGAAAAGUUUUUGAGGAUUAUGCGGGCAUUAUACAACAGAAAUAUCCUGGGAUCUCUGUGAUAGGAGCAAAUUAUGAUCCGCCAGGCCUCAAUAUGUAUCUGUCAAGAAUGAUAGGUCUUGGAAAGAUGAUUUUGAUCAUGUGUAUACUAAGUGGAGUUAACAUAUUUGCUUGGUUAAACAAGCCACAACCUUCAUGGUGGACCUGGUGCUUGGAAAAUAAACUCUAUGCAUGCAUGAUGAUGUUCUUCUUAGCAAACAUGAUUGAGGGUCAACUUGUUUCUUCUGGAGCAUUUGAAAUAUCUCUUAACAAUAUACCCCUAUGGUCAAAAUUAGAAACUGGCAGAAUUCCCCAACCACCAGAAUUAUUCCAAAUAAUUGAUAAUACAUUGCAGUUUUCAAAAGUUGACAUGCCAAAUAAUAAUUUUGUACAAUAAUAUGCUUUUUUUCUUAUUUCUGUUUAAUUGUAUUCAAUGGCUGACUAAAAGGAGCAGCAGGUUGUGGUGUCGUUUUAGUGAGAAUAUAAACAAACUUGUCAUGUAUAAUGAGAUGGAUAAAUUAGAAAUUACAAAUAGUUAAUAAGUAUAGAAGUUACUUUAUUAUAAAAUAUAGACAUAAAAGGACCAUUGAGGGUCAGCGCCAAGAGCAAUUAGCAAACUUCAGAUAUUACUUAAUUGUUUCUGUUAAAUGACAGACAAAGAUUUUGUUGUUCUUUUUUGCAAUAUGACAAUUAAUAAAAUCUUAAAAAAAUUAAAAUGCAUUUAUAGUAUUUCAUUGUUUUUCUCAGCAAACAUCAAGAUUUAAGAUUUGUACAAAUUAAAUGAUUAGUAAUGUAAAGAAAUUAUAAAGCUUUUGAAUUAUUCCAAUAAAGGCUUGGCAAUGAGUGAUUGAACCAUCAGCGCUGGCUCCAUUUAUAUCCAACUACAAAAGGCAGGUUAUUUAGAUUAUUUUGUUGAAAACAUCAAAGUCAAAUUUUCAAACAAGUAUUACACUUGCAGAAGUGCAUCUAUUAUGUUGUAUAAAUAUUUGCAUAUUCACACAGUUUUACAGUAUAAAAUUGUCUAGUCACAGUAUACAAUAGAUGUUCUUUGCUCAUUCAUAUUGCGAAAUUUGAAGUUGUAAACCCCUCAGAAAUAAAUAUUUAGAAUAUU